AUGCCCCAAGAUCGCUCGAGACGUGCGUCCCAACACGAUUCCGGCAGUGCGUGCCUGGCGAAAGAGACCACUGGCGCGUCGAUGCUGCCAAGCUCGAGCGGGCGAACGAUUGUCCAGAGUUCCUCUACCAUUGCUUCACGUGCUGUGUCUCCUUCAACAAGCGCCGCUGGCGCAUCCGCGUUCGAGCAUGCGAUAGUGGGCGCGCAGGCAGCAGUGGACACAUCGGAAAUGGAGAUGCUCGAGGAGCCACAAAGCCCAGCCCCAUCACACGCUGGCUCCUCCAAUUCUUCCCGGCAGGACAGUGGCAGCGGCGCAACGAGUCCGAGCGCAAGGGGAUUCGCGCGUGUGCGACGUUCCAUUUCGCUAAGCGAUGACUCUUCCGCAUUCAGACAAGUGCGAGCGGCAGGGCCCGAUAGACCGAGCUCAGUACAGCCUCGACGCGUCGAUAGCUCGUCCAGUGA